AGUUUACGCAGAAGAGGCCCGAGAGGAACCCUCCCUCUUUCCCUCCGUCCGCACACCCAGCCUUUCCCUUUCAACCGGAAAACGGAAGUCAGAAAACAGCUUCCAGUGGCCAGAGACGGAGCAGAGGUGGAGGGCGGGCCGGAGACAGUAGAAGCGGAAACUGCUUUGGCGGGCGGUCGGUGGUGGUGGCGGCACGUGCGCGAAUUGCUACUAUGGAAGUCAAAGGUAAAAAAAAUUUCACAGGAAAGGGUGGAAAGAUACCACAAGGAAAAAAAAGGUUUAAAAAGGACAGUGAUUCUAAAUCUCCAAAGACGUUUCUGAGUAAAGGUGAUGAAGGAGGAGGAGGACCUAAAUUCAGCUCCAAAAAGUUUGAGAGAAGUAACACAAAGCCUGGGAAAACGGGCCUGAAACAAUUCAAGAAUAAGCAGCAAGUAGAUGUGUUGCCGAAGAAAACUGGUGCAAAACAGUUGAAGAAUAAACAGGAAGGAGAUGUGUUGCCCAAGAAGACUGGCAUGAAGCAGUUAAAGAAUAAGCAGGAGGAGAGCACACUGCCAAAGAAAACAGGCACAAAACAGUUGAAGAGCAAACAAGAGGGGGACGUGUUACCCAAGAAAAAUGGUGCAAAACGGUUCAAGAAUAAACAGGAGGGAAACGUGUUGCCCAAGAAAAAUGGUGCAAAACAGUUCAAGAAUAAACAGGAGGGGGACUUGUUACCCAAGAAAACUAACCUGAAACAGUUUAAGAAUAAACAAGAAGGAAAUAUGUUGCAGACCAAAAGAAAGUUCCAACCUGAAGGCAGAGGUGAAGAGACAGCACCUAAGAAACCCAAGUGGGAUGACUUGAAAAAGAAAAAGAAAGAACUGAAGCAAAGCAGGCAGCUCAAUGAUAAAACCAACUAUGACACCGUUUUCAAGGCAAAGCAAAUCUGGGAAAGCCUAAGAAGAAAAAAAUGUGACAAAGAAAAAAGAACAAAGUUGAUGAAUGAAUUACAGAAGUUGAUCCAGGGAAAGAUUAAAAGUAUUGCAUUUGCACAUGAUUCAACCCGUAUUAUCCAGUGUUACAUUCAAUAUGGUAAUGAGGAACAAAGGAAAGAGGCAUUUGAAGAAUUAAAAGAAAAUUGGGUUGAAUUAAGUAAGGCCAAAUAUUCCAGAAAUGUUGUUAAGAAAUUUCUCAUGUAUGGAAAUAAAUCACAAAUUGCAGAAAUAAUAAAAAGUUUUAAAGGCCAAGUGCGGAAGAUGUUGCGCCACGCAGAAGCGUCAGUAGUAGUGGAGUAUGCUUACAAUGACAAAGCAAUUUUGGAACAGCGGAAUAUGCUGGUAGAAGAGCUCUAUGGAAAUACAUUCCAGCUUUACAAGUCUGCAAUUCACCCAACUCUGGAAAAAGUGUUAGAGGUACAGCCUGAUAAGCAAGAGGCUAUUAUGGAUGAAAUGAAACAGAUUCUUACACCAAUGGCUCAAAAAGAAACCGUAAUUAAACAUUCACUGGUACAUAAAGUAUUCUUGGACUUUUUCACCUAUACACCGCCAAAACUCAGAUCAGAAAUGAUUGAAGCAAUCAGAGAAGCUGUAAUAUACCUUGCACAUACACAUGACGGAGCUAGAGUAGCCAUGUACUGUCUGUGGCAUGGCACACCAAAGGACAGAAAAGUUAUUAUUAAAACAAUGAAGACUUAUGUUGAAAAAGUAGCCAACGGUGAAUAUUCUCAUUUAGUUUUGCUGGCAGCAUUUGAUUGUGUUGAUGAUACUAAGCUUAUGAAACAAAUAGUUAUGUCGGAAAUCAUCAAUUCCCUGCCAAAUAUAGUGAACAAUAAAUAUGGAAGGAAAGUUCUGUUGUAUUUAUUAAGCCCUAGAGAUCCUGCACAUCUUGUACCUGAAAUCAUUGAAGUUCUGAAGAAGGGUGAUGGAAAUGCACAUAGUAAGAAAGAUAGUAUAAUCCGCCGUAAGGAGCUCUUGGAGUCUAUUUCCCCAGCCCUGUUAAGCUAUAUGCAGGAGCAUGUUCAGAAAUUAAUGACAGACAAAUCAACGUGUGUAUUUGUUGUUAACGUCCUGGGAUCUGCUAUUGGAGAUAUUCAGCCUGCUCUGAAUACCAUUGCCAAAUUAGCUGCUCCAGAAAUGAUUCCUGGUGGCAAGGAUGGAGAGCUGCACAUGGCGGAACAUCCAGCUGGACACCUAGUUCUGAAAUGGUUAGUAGAACAAGAUGAAAAAAUGAAAGAACAUGGAAGAGAAGGUUCUUUUGCAAAAACAUUAGUAGAGCAUGUUGGUAUCAAGAAAUUGAAGACCUGGGCAGGAGUUAAUCGAGGUGCUAUUAUUCUUUCUUGUCUCCUCCAAAGCCCUGAUCCAGAAGUGGUAAAUAAAGUUAAAUCUGGACUGAAAAGCCUCAUCCCCACAUUGGAAAAAGAGGAAAACAGCAAAGGCAUGACUGCUCUGCUUGAGAAACUAAAAGCAUAAGUGGAAAAUAACAAAGAAUGAGAAUGAAUCACUUUUCCUGGUGAUUCAGGUGAAGGAUGCCAUCUAGUUUGGUCUUUGGGGGGAGCCUUUUAUAUAAUAUAUAUAUAAAUGUUUUUUGUAGAAAUGUCUAUUUCUAAAAUAAAUAGUUUCUAACAUA